CACUGCGUCUACGAGCGUCGGCAGUCAGGCGUCAAUGAACAGCUCGUUUGACACAACGCCCGCCGGGGAACUGCCCUUAUUCCAGCACCCUUCUCAUGCCUUGCUGCAGGAUAACAAUUUCACGCAGUUUGAGUACUGCAGAUACAGACUCAGAUGUCUCAAGGAGCGUCACCGGUAUGGCAUCGGUCGAAGCCAGGAGAUGAACACGCUGUAUCGCUUCUGGUCGUUCUUCCUGCGCGAAUCUUUCAAUAAGAAAAUGUAUGAAGAAUUCCGCAAGCUGGCCAACGAAGAUGCCGAAGUACAGUACAGGUACGGCAGUAGCUUAGGCAGUUGAACGGACAGCUUGUGUGGAACAUCAGCAGCUACGUGUCGCGCAUAGGAUAAUUGGAAAACAUUUUUUUUUGUAACCAUGUAAUGAAUGUAUGCUAAUUUAGCCAAUCAUCUUGGAAAAAAUAUCAAUAUUAGGUUUUCGAGGAGAAAGCGCCCGACAUUCCUCAUCUGGAUGGAUGGGGUGAAGACCUAAAUAAAAAUUGAGUAAAUGAAUAGAAAGCGUAUCGAGUUUAGCGUACGUACAAGUUAUAAUAUAGUACUUAAAUUGUCAUGACAAAAUAUAGCAUUAUUUCUGUAAAAAUAAUAUUACGAGAAUCCAGGCUUUGAUUGCAACUAUCAAACACAGAAAGCCAAUAGCAAAAGUCCUCACUUCAUAAGGAGCCAAAGCGUUACCGACGAUGGUGUCAAUACAAAAUUAAGCUAUAAAUUUGAAAUUUUGACAAACCAAACUCGGAGGUAGUCGAUUUUUGUGUCGCAUGAGACAUCCUAGUACAUAUUUUAUAAAAAAUAUUUAGCGAGAAUACAUUAUCUUUAAAUUUGUCCUUACCGAGUUACUGACAAAUGGUCUCAUUUCCGUGCUCCAUCAG